UAUAUAAUCGCCAUAUAGGAGUAGGCCAUGCCAUUCAUCGCAGUGCGCGCGACCGCGUACGGUUCACGGCCGUUUUUCCGUCAAUCGAUUUCCGUAAACGAAUAGUAAUAACAAUCGUACUAACAAUAAUAAUAAUAAAAAUCAUCGCUAAAUAUCAUCCGUCGUCGACCUAUUCAUCUCGUUGUUAUUAUAAAAACGCGCGUGUGUGUGUGUGUGUGUGUGUAUGGUUUUUGUUUCGUUUUCUCCAUUUUUUUUUUUCAUUCCGAAUACGGCGGACAACGACGUUCCGGGGUUUUGUCGAAUCGCGACAUCGGGCUUCUUGGUCUCUGCUGCAGCAGUAGUUGAUGCAAACACUGAAUGAAUGUAUACAGAAUUAUAACAACAAAAAUACUGCAAUUAAUUGGAUAGCAAUAUAGAAAAAAAAAAUGACUUACGACGACCUAUUACACAAAAUUGGAGAUUUUGGGAAGUACCAGAAAAGAAUUUACUUCUUUUUAUGUCUACCUGCUAUAUCAUGUGCUUUGCAUAAACUGGCUGGAGUCUUUAUCCUAGCCAAAACUGAUCACAGAUGUCAAUUACCAGGUGAGCUCGAUAAUGCUUCGUAUACUUUGCCGAUUAACAUCAUGAACAUGUCAUAUCCAUUCGAUUAUAAGUUGGACCAUUUUUCUUCGUGUAAAAUGUACGACACGAAUUUCACUGAUGCGUAUUACUCGUCCAAUAUACCAGCGAAUCAUACAAUAAAUUGCCACCGGUGGGUAUACGAUAAGGAGACAUUCCAAAAUACAGCAGUAAUGGAGUUCAACUUGGUCUGUGAUAGAGCUUGGUACAAAGGUACAGCAGACUCUAUGCUCAUGGUCGGUGUCAUGUUGGGAUCAAUAAUAUUUGGAUACUUGUCAGACCGGAUCGGAAGAAAAAAUAUUUUUACAAUAUCCGUUUGGCUGCAGGGAAUCGCCGGUUGCGGUAUGGCAUUUACCCAAGAAUAUUGGAGCUUUACAUUUCUCAGAGUGCUGGUCGGUGCAUCUACUUCAGGAUUAUACCUAGCAGCUUAUGUCAUAGGCUUGGAAUUUGUCAGCCCUAAAUACCGAAUGGUGGUUGGCGUUGUCAUACAAAUGUUCUUCUCUGUUGGUUUUCUUUUGACAUCCGCAUUUGCAUAUGCCUUCCACAGUAAUUGGAGAUAUUUUCAGCUGGCUAUUACCAUACCAACUCUGUUCUACACGACCUAUCAUUGGUUUAUACCAGAAUCUGUGCGAUGGCUACUGGCUAACGGCAAACAGGAGAAAGCCGUGAAAAUUCUGCAGAAAGUUUGCAGUGUGAAUGGUGUGGACAUUUCAGACAAAGACAUAAUUGAAGUGUUGGAAUGUGAUUUUGAGAAAAAGCCUAUAGUACAGGCCGAUGCUCAACCAAAAGCGUCGUUCUUUGAUCUGUUCAAACACCCAGUGAUUUUGAAGAGAUCUAUCAUUAUAAUGCUUUUAUGGUUUGUAAACAGCACUGCCUAUUAUGGUUUGUCUUGGAGUACUUCCAAUCUUGGGGGAAAUCAAUUUUUGGUGUUCAAUUUAGCCGGUAUAGUCGAGUUUCCGGCUUAUACGUUUUUGUUAUUGACUCUCAACAAAUGGGGCAGGAAGAUAAAUAUAUCUGGGUUCCUAAUAUUAGCCGGAUUAGCACUUCUAACAACACUAGCUAUACCUAAAACGAAUACGUGGUUGGUUAUAUUCUUUGCGAUGGUGGCUAAACUGGCUAUAACUGCUUCAUACGGAGCCGUGUACGUAUAUACCGCAGAACAAUUCCCGACUGUAGUGCGGAAUAUGGGCUUGGGGGUAGGAUCGUUUUUCGCCAGGAUCGGAGGAAUUGUGGCGCCGUACAUCAACAACACGGCUGAUAUUUGGAUAAACAUGCCGUUGGUCAUAUACGGCGGUCUAGCAUUGUUGGUCGGAGCGUGGUCGCUCGUGUUACCCGAGACGCUCAACAGAAAAUUGCCAGACACCAUUGAAGAUCUCGUUGCUAUGUCAGAAAAGAAAUACAAGCCAGUGCUUACGAAUGAACCGGCGACAAAUGGUGAAGCGAACAAGGAUAAAGACAAGUAUUAAAGUAUUAUAUUAUGUAGGUAACAUUGAUAUUUUGUAUUUUUCCACUAUGAAUAAUAGUUACAUGUUUUGUAAUAAUAUGUAUUAAUGUUUCGACUGCUAUUUUUUUUAUAACUACUUAUUAUUAAUACGAGAACUUAAACAUUGUUGUUUGUGCCCAUUUUAUACUACUCAACUACGUUUUUUUUUUAUGACAUUUUGAGUGAAUCACAAACAAUAAUGAUAUUAAUAUUAUACGUGGUAUUUUUUUUUUUCAUUAUAAAUAUUUUGAUUCUGUAUUUACUAUUUAGUGAAAAGGGUAAUAAAUCCGUCAUUUUAAACGAAAAUAAAAUAGUGUUUAGCUCUACCGUACUGCGUUGUAUUCAUAGAUAUAAUAUAUAAAAAUCGUAAGUGAUUUAAGCUUUUUAUGUUCGUAAUCAAAUUUGUGCUGCUUGUGAUGCUCAAUUAUAUCUAUGUUAUAGUGCUGUGCGUGAAACUGAUAUUAAAAAUAAAAUAUGGCCACAGUGCUCGAAUAGUAAAAACAAAAAAAGGGGGAGGACUCUCAGACUUGAAUAAUAUUAGCGUUCCUAAAUAUGAUUGAACCCAAUCCAAUUUUCUAAGCCCUCCAUACUCCUUCAGCUGCUUCAAUCAUAAAUUCCCAAACAAAAUAUACUUUUCAAUAUACUUUUAUUAGUAUGUCAACAAUAACAAUCACGUAUAAAUGAAUAAAUUAAUUUUUCUGAAUAUUAAUUUUUAUUCACAUAUAAUAAUUGUAUCUUUUAAAUGAAUAUACAUAUUUUUAAAUUAUAUUUAAAUUAUAUAGUUUAGCCGUUAUGCAUCAUUAUAAUUAAUAAAAAUAACAAGUUGUAUAAUUCAUUAAAUUGAAUUUCAUUCAAUAUAUUAAUUAUAAAUAGUAAAAAUCAUAAAAGUAGUUUAUGUAAAAAAAAAAAAAGUUUAAAAAAAAUUUACGUAUCCUAGUUCUAAUGAAAAUAAUCAGUACCUAGAUAUGUUUUACAAAUAUUAAAAAAUAUAUUAUAGAAGCUAUAACCUAUGACUACAUCCUUGUCCUUUUUUAAUUCGAGCGCUGAUACGGUCAUGCCUAAUUUUAAACUAUUUUAUUAUAACUUUUGACAUAAUAGGUACCAUUUAUAUAUUGUGUGACAUGUGUAAUGUGUAUUUAUUAGCUAUACUCUUGAUACCUAAAACCAGACGUUCUAAAAUAUUUCUGACAGGUAUUAAAAUUAAAUUUUACUUUAUUAGUACAGACAAGUAUUGCUGUUUAGGGCUUAAUAUAAAUAAUUUGUGUUUUUAUAUUUAAUUUAGUUUUCAAUAACAUAAAGUUUAAUGGUUUUUGUCGAUCUGUUUUAUAAGUUUAAAUAAUUUGUAUGAAACAUAUUUUUACUACAUAAACGAAUGUGUAUUUUUUUUAAACGAU